GGUGUCGCCCCCGAGCGCUGACUGGAUUCUAGCUGCGGAGCCGCGGAGCCGCGAGCCCGACCCAGGUUGGCGUGAGGUGGCGGGGCGUCGUGGCCGCGGCGGCGGGGCAGCCGGACGGCUCCUGUGGGGCAGAUGUUUCUGAACCAGAUGAAGCCUGAGGAGCCUGCCCGCCGUAGGAUACGAGGAUAGAGGACUUCACGCCUGCAUCUGCUGAAGCUUGCCUCACCUCUUCACACCAUGUCAGGAAGCCACACAUCUUCUGCCUCCGGUCCCUUCUCAGCCCUGACUCCGAGCAUGUGGCCCCAGGAGAUCCUGGCCAAGCACACGCAGAAGGAAGAGUCCGCGGAGCAACCAGAGUUCUCCUAUGACGAGUUCGGUUUCCGGGUGGACAAGGAAGAUGGGGCUGACCCCACGUCCGGCAGGCUGCCAGCUGUGUCUCUGAUGGAGGACCCUCCACAGCGGCUGCGGUGGCAGGCCCACCUGGAGUUCACCCAUAACCAUGACGUGGGCGAUCUCACCUGGGACAAGAUUGCUGUCUCCCUGCCCCGCUCAGAGAAGCUCCGCUCCCUGGUGCUGGCUGGCAUCCCACACAGCAUGAGGCCACAGCUGUGGAUGCGGCUCUCGGGAGCCCUGCAGAAGAAGCGGAACUCGGAGCUGUCCUACCGGGAGAUGGUGCGGAACAGCUCCAACGACGAGACCAUCGCUGCCAAGCAGAUUGAGAAGGACCUGCUCCGCACCAUGCCCAGCAACGCCUGCUUCGCCAACGUGAGCAGCAUUGGGGUGCCCCGCCUGCGCAGGGUUCUCCGAGCACUGGCCUGGCUCUACCCAGAGAUUGGCUACUGCCAGGGCACGGGCAUGGUGGCCGCCUGCCUCCUGCUGUUCCUGGAGGAGGAGGACGCCUUCUGGAUGAUGUGCGCCAUCAUCGAGGACCUGCUCCCUGCCUCCUACUUCAGCACCACCCUGCUGGGCGUCCAGACCGACCAGCGGGUCCUGCGCCACCUCAUCGUCCAGUACCUGCCUCGCUUGGACAAGCUGCUCCAGGAGCAUGACAUCGAGCUGUCCCUGAUCACGCUGCACUGGUUCCUCACGGCCUUCGCCAGCGUGGUGCACAUUAGGUUGCUGCUGCGCCUCUGGGACCUGUUUUUCUACGAGGGCUCCCUGGUGCUCUUCCAGACCACGCUGGGCAUGCUACGCCUCAAGGAGGAGGAGCUGAUCCAGUCAGAGAACUCGGCCUCCAUCUUCAACACGCUGUCAGACAUACCCUCCCAGAUGGAGGACGCGGAGCUGCUGCUGGGGGAGGCCAUGCGGCUGGCGGGCUCCCUCACUGACGUGGCCGUGGAGACCCAGCGCCGCAAGCACAUGGCCUACAUCAUUGCAGACCAGGGCCAGCUCCUGGGGACCAGCACCACCACCCACCUCUCCCAGGUGGUUCGCCGUCGAACCCAGCGGAGGAAGUCCGGCAUCACCUCCCUGCUCUUCGGGGAGGAUGACUUGGAGGCACUCAAGGCCAAGAACAUCAAGCAGACAGAGCUGCUGGCUGACCUCCGAGAAGCCAUCCUGCGUGUGGCACGCCAUUUCCAGUGCACUGACCCCAAAAACUGUAAUGUGGAGCUGACCCCAGACUACAGCAUGGAGAGCCACCAGCGGGACCAUGAGAACUACGUGGCCUGCUCACGCAGCCACCGGCGCCGGGCCAAAGCCCUGCUGGACUUUGAGAGACAUGACGAUGAUGAGCUGGGCUUCCGCAAGAAUGACAUCAUCACAAUCAUUUCUCAGAAGGACGAGCACUGCUGGGUGGGGGAGCUGAAUGGCCUGAGAGGUUGGUUUCCAGCCAAGUUUGUGGAAGUUCUGGAUGAACGGAGCAAAGAGUACUCCAUCGCUGGGGACGACGCCGUGACGGAGGGGGUCACGGACCUCGUGCGAGGGACCCUGUGCCCGGCCCUCAAGGCCCUGUUUGAGCACGGACUGAAGAAGCCAUCGCUGCUCGGGGGUGCCUGCCACCCCUGGCUGUUUAUUGAGGAGGCAGCGGGCCGGGAAGUAGAGAGAGACUUCGACUCCGUGUAUUCUCGCCUGGUGCUAUGUAAGACAUACAGGCUGGAUGAAGAUGGCAAAGUUCUGACCCCGGAGGAGCUGCUCUAUCGGGCCGUGCAGUCUGUGAAUGUGACCCACGAUGCCGCACACGCGCAAAUGGAUGUGAAGCUCCGCUCCCUCAUCUGCGUAGGGCUCAAUGAGCAGGUCCUGCACCUGUGGCUGGAGGUGCUCUGCUCCAGCCUGCCUACUGUGGAAAAGUGGUACCAGCCUUGGUCCUUCCUGCGCAGCCCCGGCUGGGUUCAGAUCAAGUGUGAGCUCCGUGUCCUCUGCUGCUUUGCCUUCAGCCUCUCCCAGGACUGGGAACUUCCUGCAAAGAGAGAGGAGGAGAAGAAGCCCCUGAAGGAAGGCGUCCAGGACAUGCUGGUGAAGCACCACCUUUUCAGCUGGGACAUAGAUGGGUGAUGCUCUUCCUCCAGUGGCCCCAUCAUGCCCAGGCCUCUCCCAACCCAUCGGCUACCAGAGCAGCUCCUUCCUCAGCAAGAAAGCAGCACUGCCCUGCUUUGGACAGGGGCCGAGGUGGCCCAGGCCUAACCCAGCAGGAGCAAGGGGAGAAGACAUGGAGUGUCAGCCAGGCGUCAUGGUAGGGAGAUAGGGGACACCACCCUGAAGCAGAAGGUGGGGGGCCUGGCUCAGUCUGUCCCACCCAGUGUCUUUCUGUCGGCCCGGGCCCCAACUUCACUACUUGUACUGACCAUAAACCUCGUGAGGAGGCAGAGAGCCACCUGUCAGUUUUCACUCAGGAAAGGAAUGGGGGAAAGGAGGGGGGUGGCUAAAGGCUCCUUGGCCUCUUUGGGUUGUAAAUAAAUUGUCUUUGAGAAACCACAUCCGUCUUUGGUCCAGUAGGGGCCAUGGAGCUCUAUGUCCAAGGUUCUGCCCUUUCUGGAAUGGUCUAGAUGGACAGCCUGGCUGGGAAGGUGGGGCUGUGGUGUGGCCCUCAGAUGCUUGAAGGCCUGGGGCCCAGCCGUACCAACCGCGUUGUCCCUAUAUUGAAUGCAGACUAACAAAUGGGGUUUCUGUUUUUAUUUUAAAAAGUUCACACAGCUUCCCCACUUCUGUCCCAGCACUGGUUUUGGUGACUCCCUCCCCAGUAGCCCAGGGCCCUGUGGGUGACACUGACAGGCCAGAAGGGAGGCUGGGCCCCAGCACAGGAGGGAGCCAUGGCCUGAGGGCUACCUCUGGCCCCACUCUGUGGCUAAUGCCCCUCCUGUCCCAGGGCUGUGGUGGCUGCAGUGAGGCAGCGGAUGGAAUGUGGGCAGGGGACCAGGAAGCACCUCUGCCCUUGUGGCACUGAUAAGGAGCAGGACAGGUGGGGUACAGGCUGUGAUGGGGUGUCUACAUGUCAAACGCACGUGAAGGGUGGAGCUAGGGACCCCAGAAGAGGUGGUCUCCAGGCCAUUCCGUAUGUGCACAGUAGGAUGGGAGGGAGCUGCAUCCUCCUUCCCCCCCAAAAAUAUAUGUAUAUAUGUAUGGCGAUAUAUAAUAGAGGUAUGUACACCUGUACAGAACACGUUUGCUACCAACCGCUAAACGGUUACACUACACCAAGACGUUAACGUGGCAGCUCCCCCCACCCCCCACCAAACCCCCACCUUCCCAGGAACCUGGGGUCGGCCCACUGGGAAUGGGAGGUCGAGGCCCUGCUUGCUUCUUCCCUCACAGGGAAGGGAGGGAUUCAUGCCUUGCCCACCUGAGCAAACUGCAGCCGGACAGGUUACCUCCAACCUCACAAAAGGAGGUCAAAUAGAACACCCCUGGCCUGUCCAGGUCUCUCAAACCCAGGGGUGGACCCAGAGCUGCUGCUUGGCAGCUUCUCUCUUGAGUGAGCCUGAGCCAGGGAGGGGGAAGCAGGGCCUGUGAUUGUCGGGACUCACGACCGCACGGAGAGGCUGAACCAGGCAGGAGAGAGCCGAGCUCCCUACAGUUCCCGAGGCUCCCAACUUCCAGCCCCUCCAGUCCCCUGGCAAACCUGAAAGCUACAAGCAGGAAUCCCAAUGUAGCUGCAAGUCGUGGCCGUCAAGAAAGUCUGUGGAGAAGAGGCUGGGGGCCGUGGUGCUGAGCGGGGCCAGGCUGAGCACGGGGCCACCUGAUGACAACUCUAGCCAGUCCAUGCUGUCCAGGUGGCCGUCAGCCAGGUCCAGGCCCAUGCUGCCGGGCUCGGGGGCAAAGUGCAAUUCCGAAGUGUCCAUGGGUGAGGGGGGGUGGUCCAGGAUGGCAGAGCUGCUCAGCAUCUGGCUAUGGAGGUCAUCAAUGAGGGAGAGGGGCUCUGGCCCCUCAUGUCCACUGGUCAGCAGGGGCAGCCCUGUGCUGCUCUCCAAGAAGUCCUCCAGGCGCCCAGGGAGGGCAGGUGAAGCCGAUGGAGGCAGGGCAGCCUGGGGAAGAUCAGCAGAGGGCGGGGAGUGUGUGGCCAGGGGUGACCCGCAGGCUGCUGUCGAGGGAGGCUUCUCUUUCCCUGGCAGGGAUGGUGGCUCCUUGAAAUCUGCUGAAAUUUCUGUCAAUCAAGGACAUAAAUGGAUGUCAGAAACCAGGCCUGAAUAGGACCUGAAGUUGGACCCUACCUUAUACAACGUACAAAAUUACCGCAAAAUGGGCCAAAGAUCUAAAUUCAGGAGCUAAAACUACCGAACUCUUAGAAGAAAACAGGGAGGAAAUACUCAUGACAUUGGAUUUGGUAACGAUUUCUUGGUUAUGAUGCCAAAAUCACAGGCAACAAAAGAAAAACUUGAUUACAGAAAAUUUUCAAACUUUUCACUAUCAAGAGAGUGAAAAGACAACCCAUGGAAUUGGAAAAAUAUUUGCAAAUCAUAUUAUCUGAUAAGUGAUUCGUAUCCACAAUAAAGAACUAUAAUUCAACAAAACCCAAGUGAAAAAUGUGCAAAGAACUCGUGGACAUUUCUCCAGAAGAUACACCAAUGACCUGUAAGCACAUGAAAAGAUGCUCCACAGCACUAGCCACGAGGGAAACGCAAACCAAAACCACGAUGAACCGCUCACACCCACUGGGGUGGCUGUAAUCAAAAAGAAAAGUGUUAGUGCAACGGAGAAACCUGCACCUUGUGUACUGCUGGCAUGAAUGAAAAGGUGUAGCUGCUGAGGAAGAGUUUCGUGGUUCCUUGAAAAGGUAAAUAUCAAAAACCUUAAGGUCCAACAACCCCCACACCGCUUCUGGGUACAGAAGCGAAGGAGGGAGAGCAGGGGCUCCCAACAGCCGCCCGUACGGCCACGUGCACAGCAGCACUUCUCAGAGCGGCCAAGAGGUGGAGCAACUCAGGUGUCCAGUGGGCGAACGGAUCAGCGUGAUGUGGUACCGCCACACGGUCAAGUACUAUUCAGCCAUAGAAAGGAAAUUCCGGUGCACACUACUGUGUGUGAACCAUGAUGGCUCUAUGCCAAGUGACGUGAGCCGGAAACAAAAGGACAAAGACCAAUUCCAUUCAUAGGAGGUCCCCACUGUGAGUGUACUUAAUGCCACUGAACAGUAAGUACAUUUAAAAUGGUUAGAAUGGCAAUUUUUAUGUAUACUUUAUUUUACAAUAAAAAAAGUUAUGAAGAAACAAUCUCCAUCCCUGUAGGUCCUGUCCUCUCACUCUUCUCCCAUCCUAGCUGGACACUGCUCUCACCAGAUGACCAGCUCCCUCCAAGUAGACUGGUCAACCCGCCCAACUGCCACCAGUGAAGACGCCGCCAACCCUACCCACUUGAUUCAGAUGCCCUCUUCUGGCACCCUUGCCACCUCUUUUUCUCUGGCCACUUCCCAGUGGUCCGCUGGGUGCAGGCGGCUCGCCCCCUCCCUGACUCUGCCACGUCCUCAGCCCUGGGGCUGCAGGCCGGCUUCCUCCCCACUUCCUGCACAAGCUCUCUGUUCCUGUCCGGCCUCGUCCCUCCCACUUUCGGUUCCUGUCUGGACACUGGGAACUCCUGAAGGUCACACCCAGGCCUCUCCAACUGCCUCCCAGCCCAGCAGCCUCAGUGCCACUUGCUCUUGUCAGAAAUCCUCCUCA